AUGUAUCAACUGGCACAAGACGAAUCCACAAAAAGUAUCGAAGAACCGACAUCACCACCCUCCUCCACCGAGGACGUCCUCGAGUUCGAGCCGCAGUUCGACUACGAAGAACGAGGAGCUUUCACACCCUUCCGUAUACACGGUUUCGACAACACUGGUAUCCCCGGAGGAGAAUAUAUUGGCAAGAACUUGUCCUGUUCAUCUCUCGCGCAUUCGGCCGAGGUUGGAGUACAGGAGUCGUUUUUCCUGAAUGACAACCUCAUGGAAAUCGCAGCAGACCUUGACAAGCACCCCAUGGUCAACUACCGGCCUACCGUUGGCAGAAUUGGCGAAGACAAAUUCCCCCUGUCGCAGAUCGUCGAGAUGUCAUGGGAUAGACUCGCCACUGCUUGCGUCUUCAUGCAGGACUAUGGCGUCUACCUCUGCGUGUCGCGAGUCAUGUAUCAUCCCAACGGGAAAAACGAAAACUGCCUCAUCAGCUUCCUACGAGGCCAGAUAUUCAGCGAGUCCUGGAUCCAUCUGGACCGGUACAGGCUGCAGUGGCAGGACCAGGAAAUCGUCUUCCCCAAGAUUUUCGACACAAAGACCGAAUUUGAGAUCAACGGGGCACUGUACGGUCCCGAAGAUGCUCGCAUCAUCAUCGAAGAAGACGUGCAAGGCGCUGAGCCGGUGGUGGUGUUCAACAUGAUCUCAACACAGUCCGACUGGAAGCGAGCCAUUUGGGUCUUUCGUCCAUUCUCCCAACGCUCGCGGAUCCUCACCAUUCGAGGACAAGAGGAGAGAGCACAGACGGAGAAGAAUUGGGCUCCUUUCUUCGUGAGAGAGAGCGACAACGACGACGACAACAACAACACCAACAGCCUGAUGAAUGCCAAACGACAGCCGAGUGAACAUAUUCAUUUCAUCUGGCGGUUCCAACCGCUGACGGUUCUAAAAUGCCACUUGAUUUCAGGAAUGUGCGACAUUGUGUACGAGCAGACGACAAACCCAGAGCUGAUGAGCUACCACGAGGACCAUGACGCAAGUCUCAGAGGCGGGACGCAACUCGUCCCCAUCCCGCUCUCGCACAAGCAAUCCAGGUCCUUUGGCGCGGCUGGCGUGCAGGCCUUUGCAGCGUUCCCCAGAACCCACAUUGAGAACGCAGGCGGUUGCGGCAUGGCUGUCUACAGACCUGAACUGGGCGUGCUCGUCACAAACACUACGCAUUACUACCUCAGUUACGGAUCCAAAGCUAUCGACUUUGGCCCAAACAUGGUCAUGGAUGCAGCGACGGUCGUUGAUGUCUGCACCAGAGGCCGGAUCAUGAUCACCAACAGCAUCGCCAGAUGGGACAUGAACGCCCAUGACGCACGAGGCGCCCAGACGGAUAUCAUGACGCUGACGCUUUCCGUUGACGAUGCGACGGUGCAGGUUCUUCGGCUCAGUGGCAUCUGGGACCUGUUGAAGAGUCUGCCUUCGCUGGCGGGAUAUUUUGGCCAAUCGGGCGCCAGUGAGAUUGAAGAGUUUCCCGCCAUCGAAAAGGUCGCGGAUGAAUGGCUCGACGCUCGCGUGAGGGUGGUUGACCCCUUUGAGCGUGCCAACGCCGUAGGCUGGGACGUCCGCGCCUGCCUGGAGGAGUCGGCGCUCGAGUACGUCCGGGUCAGUUCGGACAAGCACAAUCAGAACCAAGACCAGGUCAACCGUGAGAAGGAGGAAGAACGGAACAAGAUCAUCGAGGAGGAAGAGAUGAGGAAGAAGGCAGAGCAGGAAGAGGCCGCGAGAAUGAGAGAGGAGGAGAGAGCACAGAGGAAUGCCGCAGCAGCCAAAAAGCAGGCCGAGGUUAAAGACAAGAAGAACAAGGGUGAGGCAGAGAAGAAGAAGAAGGAGCAGGAAGAGCAGAAGAAGAAGAAGGACGAGGAAGAGAAGGCGAAGUUGGAAAAGGAGAAGGAGACAUUGGAGAAGGAAAAGGCCGACCUGGCGGAAGUGGACGAGGAGGACAAGAUCGAUGCUCAGUUAACCAAGGCUGCUGCCGCCGCCGCCGAAGCCAUCAAGGGUAAGAAGCCCGUCGAUGACGCCCUACCGAAGCACGGAGAGAAGAGACCCGUCGAGGACGACCUACGGAGACACGGAGACGACGACGGUGAGUCUGAAAAGGAUGACGUUUUAGAGGCCUGGGAAUACGGGAAUCGUUGA